AUGAGAGCUAAAAUGAUAGAUUGGAUGAUAGAAGUUACAAAAACAUAUAAAUUUACUGAAAACACAUUUGCUUUAUCCAUUAAUAUAAUGGAUAAUUAUUUUUAGAAUUCUUAAAGGUAAUUACAACCAUCUGAAUUGCAUUUAAUUGGCAUUACAUGCAUGUUUAUAGCCUCUAAAUUCGAAGAAAUAAUUCCUUUCAAUUUGAACAUAUUACAAGAUAAAAUUUCUCAUAAAAGAUUGUCUAAGUAAUAACUAAAAAAUAUGGAAUUUGAAAUAUUAUAUUGUCUUGAUUUCAAAAUUCCAUCUACAAAUCUUCAUACAUUAAUAUAAUAAAUUGCUUUUUAUUUCAGUUUAUUUAUAUUUAACCAAGAAUAUAAUGAUUUUCUAAAAAAUAUUUUCAUUUAUAUAUAUAAACAAACGAUUUUUAAUUAUUAAAUACUUAGUAUAUACAAUAACAAAUUAAUUGCGGCAGGAAUAAUUUAUGUCUCUUUAAAAAUAAUUGAAUAAUUUGAUGUUUAAAUUGAAAAUAAUAUACUUUUGGAUUAAAUUGGAUAAAUAUUACACUUAAAUAAAUAAGAAAUAAUUAAUGUUUCUGUAGAAAUAUUGUCUUUUGCGAAAAGCUAUGAUAAUAUUUUUCCUAAUUUAAAUAAUUUAAAAAAAUAUAAUGGAAUUGAAUUUGAUAAACAAUGUUAACUUGCCAUAUAAUUUUCUUAAGAUUCCUAAAAAAUUUUUCCAAAAUAAUAAAAUUAACAAUAUUAACAAAAUAUCUAAUUAUAAUAAAACUUUUAAUAAGAAAAUAAUAAAGAAAAUUAAAAUAUUUAUUAAAUUUUAGAAAAAAACGAAAACAAAAUUUAAAAAACUAAAUGUAAAAUCUGA